UCAAGAAACCCAGUGCACAUCCAGUGUGGACAGCGUUAGCUUAUACAUUGUGUAUGUAUAUAUGGCCUUAAAUGAUAGCUGCCCCACAUUGAGUAUCAGUUUAUAUCUUGGAUCCUCCAGUUUGUGUUUGAGCAGUUGAUUGUCCUGGAUUAUGAUACCCUAAACUCUAUUUUCUAUGAGCACUCAAUCAGUGUGACAGUGGGAUAUGGGUGCUCCCUGCACGUCGAAAGAGGAAUUUCCUGUCAGAAAGGGGCUUUUGGGAGGACAUGAUUAAAAGUGAAACUAACGAAAGCACCAGAAAGCUGCAUGACAGCUCUUGAUUUCUCUGGAUUGUGAUCUGAUCUGGUUUCUCUCUCAAUAUCUGUGAGACUGAAGACAAUCAGGAAUGAGGGCCUUCAGCAUCAUCUUCAUCACUUUCUGUCUGAUCUCAGGUCAGGUUCUGUGUUUUAAAGUGAUCGGCUGCUCUGGAGGGAGUGUGAUGUUCAAGUGCAUGAACCCAAACAAGAGAGAGUCUUCUGAUCAGUUUAAAGGAAAGUAUUUCUGCAGAAACAGAGACUGUACGACAGGAAUCAGUACUGAGACUCGGCACUGGUGGGUUAAUAAUGAGAGAUUCGCUCUGUAUGACGAUGAAAACAGAGGAUUCUUCUCAGUGUUCAUCAGGAAGCUCAGCAGAGAGGAUGAUGGGAAAUAUAAAUGUGGAAACAACCAGGAAUGGAGUCAUAAUGUUGAUUUAGUGGUGAACAACAACUCUUCAUCUUGUGGGACGUCUGUUAUCCGAUCUGCAUAUAAAGGUCAAACGAUCACUUUCAGCUGUGAAUAUGAACACAAGUUUGAAACACACACCAAAGUCUUGUACAGAGUGAAUGGAGAUCCUGUGCUUCUGCUGAAGAUCUCUCAAUCAUCACAAUCAUCUGAAGAGAAGUUCAUCCUGUCUGACAAUCAGAGAGAUCACUUUACUGUGACCAUCAGAAACAUUUCUGAAGAGGAGCGUGGAGUUUAUUUAUGUGGAGUGGAGAGAGACGGAGAAGAUAAACCACUUUCAGAAACAUCAAUUACUCACAUAACCUUCAUUAAAGAGAUUGAGCUGAAAGUUCAUCGUCAGAUAUCUUCUGUCCAGGUUGAGGCCUACAUCAGUAAAUCAGUCUUCAUCACGUGUGAAUUUCCAGAAGAAUUCAAAGAAAACCAGAAAUUCAUCCAGAAAGAUUCAUCACAGGAGAUCUCUGUUAAAGAACAGAAUCAGUGGAUCCAUCAUGAUAGAGUUCACAUGUAUGAUGAUACCAGUUCAGGAGUUUUGAAGGUUUUUAUCAGUGAUUUAACUGCAGCUGAUGAAGGAACGUACAGAUGUGGAGUGAAAACUGUUAACGAUCAUGUCUUCAUGACGAUCACACUGAAGAUCAAUCAAGGUGAUCAUUUCCCUGAAUCAAGUGAAUCAGCUGCUGUUAUUGGUGAAAGUGUGAAACUCAGCUGUAAUUCCCCUGAGAAACAGCAGUCCAUCAAACACAUCUGUAAAGAGAACAAGAAGAAGAUCUGUCAGAACAUCAGUUCAUCAGAGAAGCAGCGCUUUGAGUUUUCUGACAGUACAGCAGGAGUUUUUACAGCGAGCAUCAGUAAUGUGAGCCUGAGAGAUGCUGGAGUUUACUGGUGUGGAGCAGAAACCAGACACGAGCAUCUGACUUCUGUUUCUCUCACCAAUAAACAUCAAAUGACUUUAACCAUGCCUCCAGUGAUCGGACGUGAAGGAGAUUCAGUCCAGAUCAAAUGCCCUUAUGAUAAAAAACACUCAAAAGAAGUAAAGUAUCUGUGUAAAGGAAAGAGUUUCACUAAAGAUGCUCAAAUUAUCAUUCGCUCAGAUGAAGGUCAUGUUAAUAACCCAAAGAUUUCAGUAAAGGACGACACUGAACUCAAUCUCUUCACUGUGACCAUGACUGAGCUGAGAGCAGAGGAUGCUGGGAAAUACUGGUGUGCAGUGAAAGAUGUGUUUAAUCUUCCCAUUGAGCUCAUGAUCAUCAGGAAGGACGCGAUCACUCAUGAAGCGUCUGUCGGAGGAUCAGCGUCCAUCAGCUGUAAACACAUCAGGAAACAAACACAGAGGUUUUUCUGCAGAGGAGAUCAGCCCAAUAUCUGCUUCAGAGACGGAGUUCAUGUUUCAUCAGAUAACAGCAGAUUCUCUCUAACUGAAGAAACCUUUACUGUGAAGAUCAGCGAUCUGAGAGCAGAGGAUUCUGGGAAAUACUGGUGUGCAGAGGAGAGCUCUGGGUCCUUUAUAUUCACUGAAGUUCAGCUACACCUGUCCCUGAGUUCAGCUCUAAUCAUCUGUAACCUUAGUAAUCCUGAAGACACUGAGCUUGUCCAGGAAUCAUUUCAUCAACAGACAGAAGACAGACAGGAGCUCAUGAAACGACUCAAGAAGAUGCCAGGAGCCAUUCAGAUCCUGAAUCAAAUCCUCUCUAUUCCCCAGUUCAGUCACCCACAAACCCCUCUGAUUCACAGAAUCCACUUUACUCCACAAUUCAGUCACCCACAAUCCCCUCUGAUGGGCUCCUGUAUGCUGCUGUCAGUUUCCAGAAGCAUGGAGAGUCUCACAGUAAAGCUACACACAUGUCUCUUUUCUCCACAACAUCAGAUACAGAGAGAGAUCUAA